GUGCCGCCAAACAAAGAGGUCGUGCUGAUAACGUCUGGAGUGAGCUUAGAUGGCGAAGCCCCCGUGCACAAAUACACCAUAGAGAAGUAAACAGAGGGCACAGACAGCUGCUACCGACCACUUGAAGGAUCUUUCAUGGAGAAGUUUCAGGCUGCGAUGGUUCUUGGAGGAGUUGGAGAUGCUCUGGGAUAUCGUAAAGGUCGAUGGGAAUCGUGCAUCUCGGGAGUCCGAAUUCAGAAGGAACUCUCUGAUCUUGGGGGUCUUGGAGUUUUAAAACUGGAUGAAGAUCAUUGGCCCCUCAGUGAUGGAGCUCUAAUGCACAUGACCACUGCUGAAGCUCUCGUCACCGAUUACUGGUGUCUGGAGGAUCUCUAUAGGGAACUGGUUCGACUCUAUGUGGAGGCCAUGAUCUGUCUGCAGGGUCGAGCUCCAGAUCCCAAUACUGUUGAAGGAUGUGUCAACCUCAAACCAAACAACUUUCUGUUGGCCUGGCAUACACCGUACAAUGAGAAAGGUUCUGGUAAUGGAGCUGCGUCUAAAGCCAUGUGUGUAGGAAUGCGUUACUGGCAGCCCGAGAGAUUAGAUAAUCUGAUCGAAGUGAGCAUUGAAACGGGCCGAAUGACCCACAAUCACCCUAUAGGGUUCUUGGGUUCUCUGUGUACGGCUCUCUUUGCAUCAUACGCUGUACAGGGUAAGCCGCUGGUGAACUGGGCUCGUGAUCUCGUGACUGUGAUACCCAAAGCAGAAGAAUACUGCAGGAAAACCAUCCGUCACAUGGCUGAAUAUCAAGAGACAUGGUUUUACUUUGAGGCUAAGUGGCAGUUUUAUCUUGAAGAGCGAGGUCUGGAAGACUCUCAGAGUAAACCUGUGUUUCCUGAACACUAUGAUGCUGAAGAGACAGAUAAGAUGUAUAAGAGGUGGAGUUCAGAAGGUUGUCCAGGACGCAGAGGUCACGACGCACCCAUGAUCGCAUACGACGCUCUACUGGCUUCAGGAUCAAACUGGGAAGAGUUAUGUAAACGGGCCAUGUUACAUGGAGGUGAGAGCAGUGCGACAGGUCUGAUCGCUGGCUGUCUGUACGGUCUGCUUUAUGGACUCAGUCAGGUUCCUGCAGGGCUCUAUCAGACUCUGGACAGAAGAGAUAAACUAGAAGAUCUGGGUGCUAAAUUAUACCGAGCCUCAUCUGCAGAGAAGUAAAUGCGUGUGUUUCUUUAACUCUGUAUUAACAUGCUUUCACUUUAGCUCACAUUUAUAGUGUCCAGAUUGUACCUUAAAAUAUUCACAGCAAUAAGAUGUGUGGUGUUUGAAAACAUGAGAUAAAAUAAUAAACUGAUGUUUUGAAAUGAAAA